AUGCAGAAUCUGUUAUUACACUCGUUGUUUAUUAGCUUAUCGCUGUUUCUCUUACCACAUCUCUCGGAUCAAAUAGAUGUGAUUAGCUCCUCCGAAAUUGUUGAUGGUGUUAUUGUUUGUGUGGAUGGCAGAGAGUAUGAAAUAUUCCCUAUUGGAAUAGAAAGUGAAGAUGUUAAAAAGGAUUUUAACCACCGGCACAUUAGUUCUAACAUAAAGGAAUGCGACCGCUUCUCUUUAAAGUCCAAUGGGAACAAUCAACCUGAAAGAAAUAUUGACUAUGUAAAACUGGGCAACUCUUUGGUCAAGCCGUCACAAAAUGAAGCUAUUAAGCAGUUGUGGAAUGUAAGAACACCCUCUAAAAGUGUAGAUAUUUAUGUUAGCACGAAUGGAGGAAAUAAAUUGAAUGAGUUGUCCUUUGCAAUAAAUGACAAGGGACAAUUUGAAUUUACAUCAAAGUCUAACUUUCUCGAUAUCAAUUUUAUCUCCAGCACUGACCAAACGCCGCAAAAUAUAUCCGCGCCAAUUAAAACCACUACUGGUAUUAAUGUUGAUGUGGAUAGAGGUACUACAAGUGAUAGGGGAGAUAUUACUGCGGAUAACAAGACAGGUGAAAUGAAAAUUGAUCCACCAAAGGCAGAUACCGAACAUUCGCCUCUAGAUGGAACCUCACAAGACAAACCUAAAGGAGAAACAGAAGUAACAAAUAUCAAUGCUGACGAAACUAAAACAACCGAUACUAUUAGUAAUGUAGACAAGGAUCCAGGUGCGGUUAUUUUAGCACAAAAUACAACUCCAUCUGCGCCUGAAUCUGAACCCACUUCUUCCCUACCGGCAACUGUCCCCAGAGCAGGCUCCGUCAUUGGCCCUGGACAUGAAUUCAGUAAAACAGAUUAUGACACCAAUCCCACAAAGUCACUAAUAGGGCUUACUAGGCCAGUUACAACAGAUGUUUCAAACAAAAAACAAUAUCACAUGAAUGUGGGAAAUGGAGGCAGGGUCCCGUUGUACCUGGACAAAAUCGAAAAUUGGGACACUCGCAUUAGCUCUACAUUUAAGGAUAAUGGAGAAAAUUUUAGCAUAGAUAGCGACGAGCUAACAAUUGGCGAUGUGUUCUGUGGAGUGUUAAAGGUUGCGCCAUUAAAGGGCGAGGUGAAGCGGUCGGUGCGCCUGGAGUACAUUGACGAUAAAAAGAAGCUGACAAUAGAGUCUGUGAUGAAAGACGACAGGAAAAUCAGCAAAAUCUUUGAAUUAUUGCCAGAUGGGUCUGUAAAUUACGAAAAGAAUAACAUGUUAUGGAAGAGCGCUGUGACAAUUUCUAAAAACACAAAUUCGGUGUUAAGUGAUCUUGGCGAUAUAUCCUCAUCGUCCGCCUUAUCCCAUGUUGAUAAUAAUGACAAUGUAGCGCAGGGGAAGGACGAAAAUAUCGAUUUGCUAGAUCCCGACGUCUUAAGCGUCAAAGAGAGGGAAAUUGACAUUUUAGACACCGGUACACUAUCCAAAACCUUUAAGAUAAAAAAUUUUGGUAACAUAUACUGCUACUACACCUUAGAGCCGAAUGCAAGUGUAAUCAAAAUGGGCCAAGAUGUCUUACAUGAAAGGAUCAUGGCCAAAGAGAUUCACAUCUGUAUCAAAUCAACAAUCGGGGUCAAGUUGGUGCGUUUGGCCUUACUUUCAACUGAGGGCAAUAGAUGGAAGGUGCUUUAUUAUAUAAAGAAAUCAAAUCAAAGAGGAUUUGUUCAGAAGAUUGAAGAGAUUCCACCAGAACCUUCAUUUGCUCACAUUUCAUACUCUUCUAAGUAUCUGGACGCAUCAAAAUUGCCAACAUCUAUAGAAUUGGUGGAUGCCCCGAUCUUAGACAAUGUAUGGGAUUUGUGGCCAGGUUCUGUUCUAAAUCUGGACAAAUUUCCUAUUCCAUUGGGUAUGGCGCAAAAGAAAAACUCUAGCGACAACAAGAAUGUGAGUUUUUACUACGAGUCCCUAGAUGAGUUUAGGACUAAAUCCAUAAAGAUAAUAAGGUUCGAUUCCUUUGAACAUUCCAUCACAGGUAAUUUCAAGCUUUACCACGUCGAGGUUUUGUUUUCUUCUGUGCCUCGAAGUAUAAUUCUUUUCAAAACAGACGGGCUGUCUACGGCGUUUGAGGUAUACCGUGAAAAUGAUAAAAAUGGCUUCAUGCUGGUUAGGGAUGCAUAUAAGUUGGAUGAGUUUAUCAUUGAUCAUCCUUUGAUGGCGGACCAUUCGUACCAUUACGGCAGGCCUAAAGGGAAAGUCCUAGAUGUGUUAAAUAAUACUAGCAUCGGGGCCGAGUCGUUAGACGGUUUUUACACCUUCAAGAAGAUUGACCGUAAAAUUAUAUACCUAUUUAAGAACGAUGGACCAGAGAUAAAGAUCCGAUUUGGGCCCAAUGAAAUGGCACUGCAUCCUAAUCUGCGAAAUAAGCGUGUUAUGGUGUUACCCAGUUUAACAGCCGGCGGGGAUACAACUGUUACCUACCAAUAUAUCAAGGGAAAUAGGUCUACCAUCCUGACCUAUCAGUUUUAUUCGCGUGCAGAUGAACAAAUCUUUAAUCAGGUGAAGCCGCGUGAACCUAUAGGUUACACCGUGACGAAUAGUGUUGGUGCACAUGGGCACAUGAAUAGCAGAGUAAAGUACUCCUACAACAUGGCCUAUUCCUUCCCCAACAAUGCAUCCUUUUUUAAUCCUAUGUCCAAGUUACUAUACAGGGUAGAUUUGAAUUUGAAUGCGUCAAAGCUACCUGAACACGUGUCUAGAGUAAAUAAUGCAGAUGGUGGAAGAGAAUCGCAUGGCACAUUCAAAAGCUCUUCCAACGAUUUUGUAAUUGGUAAAUUUAUCGCAGGAAAUAUACACGUGUCAGUUAAACCGGGAGAAAGCUCCAAGAGGAUUGACUACAAGAUCAAAGACGGGAUUAAGGAGUUUAAUGUAGUGUCUAUUGUAGACUGGAAUGUAGUACAGCAGAAGUUUAAGGAAACAGCUAAAGAUUCUGGCGUUUUCAUCCGGGCUUAG